AUGAAGGGUGAAGCAGGUGAAAUAAUUACAUCCUUGCUGCCAGGACAGAAAGGUGACCCAGGAUUUCCAGGUCUUCCAGGGAUACCUGGCCCCCCUGGCUCCGUGGGAAUACCAGGUCCAGUUGGCCCUCUAGGGCCCCCAGGUUUGACGGGACCUCCUGGUCCACCAGGGCCGCCAGGACCCAAGGGUAAUAUGGGUUUGAAUUUCCAAGGACCCAAAGGUGAAAAAGGUGAACAAGGUCUUCAGGGACCUCCAGGGCCACCAGGACAAAUUGGAGAACAGAAAAGACCCAAUGACAUUGAGUUUCAGAAAGGAGAUCAGGGUAUUCCAGGUGAUCCAGGCCCACCAGGAUUUCCUGGGCCUCCAGGCCCUCCUGGUCUUCCCGGUGGUGUGAAAGGUGAAAAAGGUGAGCAAGGAGAACCAGGCAAAAGAGGAAAGCCUGGCAAAGAUGGAGAACCUGGUCAACCUGGUAGGGAUGGUUUACCUGGUGGGCCUGGAAUAAAUGGUGCUCCAGGAAGAGAUGGUGAAAAGGGUGAAAAAGGUGACAUGGGUCCCCCUGGUCCUCCUGGAAUUGUUGUUCCAAGACCAGGCAUUGAUGCAACAGUGGGACCAAAAGGUAGCAAAGGAUUGCCAGGACUUCCAGGAGCCAAAGGGGACCGUGGAUUCUCUGGUAGGCCAGGCCCACCUGGCUUGCCAGGAUCUCCAGGGAUCACUACUGUUGGACCUCCUGGCCCACCUGGCUUACCUGGUGAGAGAGGACAGAAGGGAGAUCCAGGUUUACCUGGGAUUUCUAUUCCUGGGCAACCAGGAGUUGAGGGACCACGAGGACCGCCAGGACCACCAGGUCCCCCAGGGCCACCUGCACCAUCUGUUGCUCCUGGUGAAGGGUUAUGUGAGCAAGGGCCACCAGGUCCUCCAGGAGUUCCAGGACAACAAGGUUUUACAGGGGAGCGAGGCCAAAAAGGUGACCGAGGAGACACAUGCUUCAACUGCAUAGGAACUGGAGUAACUGGUCCUCCUGGGGAGAGGGGACCACCAGGACCUCCUGGUAGUCCAGGUUCUCCUGGUUUUCCUGGACCAAAAGGUGAAAAGGGGCUUCCUGGAUUAACUGGCCUUGUAGGGCCACCAGGCUUCCCAGGCACCCCAGGUGCUCCUGGUAGACCUGGUCCUAAAGGUGACCCAGGGGAUGUCCUGACUUCUCCAAGAUUGAAAGGUGACAAAGGAGACCCUGGCUUCCCAGGACCUCCAGGUCUCCCUGGCAUAGAUGGCACUCCUGGACGAGAUGGACUGCCAGGUUUGCCUGGCCCUAAGGGGGAACCUGGCAGUGUUGCAUUCAAAGGAGAAAUGGGUAUUCCAGGUGACCCAGGGAUACCAGGUCUUCCUGGUGAAAAAGGGCUUCCUGGACCUCCUGGUUUUGGUCCACAAGGCUCACCUGGUGAAAAGGGCAUCCAAGGUGUAUCUGGCCGUCCAGGGCCUCCUGGUGUCCCGGGUCCAAAAGGUGACCCUGGCCAGACUAUUACAGAACCAGGAGUUCCUGGUCCCCCUGGUCCUCCAGGAAGAAUUGGUGAUCCAGGUCUUCCAGGAGAUCCUGGUCAGCCAGGUCAGCGUGGUUUACCUGGCAUCCCAGGUGCAAAGGGAGAGCCAGGUAUUCCUGGCAUUGGACUUCCAGGUCCACCAGGCCCAAAGGGUUUCCCAGGGACUCCAGGCCCGCCCGGAGCUCCAGGAACUCCAGGUCGCCCUGGGCUGGAUGGACCUCCUGGACCACCUGGUUUCCCAGGAGAGAAGGGAGAGCGUGGAUUUGGAGUUCCAGGACCACCUGGGCCCCCAGGACCCCCAGGCAUAAAAGGAGUUCAAGGACCUAAAGGUGAUCCUGGUUUCCCAGGAAACCCUGGUCUACCAGGCCGGGCAGGAUUUGAUGGAACCCCAGGGCCCAAAGGUGACCCUGGACCAAGUGGACCACCAGGACUUCCAGGCCCACCAGGCAUCCCUGGCAUUGGUGGCCAAGGUCCUCCUGGAUCUCCAGGACCUCCAGGUCCUGUUGGCCCCCCAGGUCCCCCAGGGCUGCAAGGCAUUCCAGGGGAGAAAGGGGAUCCAGGUCCUCCAGGCUUCGAUAUUCCAGGUCCUCCAGGUGACCAAGGAGCUCCAGGAUAUCCAGGACCCCCUGGACUACCAGGGCCUCAGGGUUCACCUGGGCCCCCUGGCAGGGAUGGAAUACCUGGAUUUCCAGGUGCCAAAGGUGAGAUGGGUGUCAUGGGAGCUCCUGGUCCUCCGGGGCCUCCAGGAACUCCUGGAAGAAAUGGUCUGCCUGGCUUGAAAGGUAAUAGUGGAUUACCUGGUCCACCAGGACCUCCUGGACCAGUGGGGCAGAAAGGCAUCAAAGGUGAAGCAGGUCUGCCAGGUCCACCAGGAACACUUGAUCCCAAACAGCUGGGAGCAAAAGGAGAAAAAGGCGAGCCGGGUGUUCCAGGUGUUCCUGGUUUAUCAGGCCAGAAAGGUUAUCAAGGUCUCCCAGGUGACCCAGGCCCACCAGGACUUAGUGGCCCACCAGGUGUGCCAGGAUUGCCAGGCAUCAAGGGAGACAUGGGGCUUCCUGGGCAGCCAGGACCAACAGGACCUCCAGGAUUAAAAGGAGCUAUGGGAGAGAUGGGCCUUCCAGGUCCCCCUGGGCUUAAAGGCAACCAAGGACUGGCAGGACGUCCAGGGCAGCCUGGGCCUGCAGGAUUUCCUGGACUGAAAGGGGAGAAAGGUGACCCUGGUCUUUCAGGCAUUGGUAUUCCUGGUCCCCCUGGACCAAAGGGAGAUCUUGGCUUGCCUGGAUACCCAGGCAGUCCAGGUGCAAAAGGUAUAGCUGGAAAUCCUGGUUUGCCUGGAUUUCCAGGCAGUCCAGGUGCAAAAGGAGAACCAGGCCUUCCUGGAUUCCCAGGAACACCAGGAAUUCCAGGACCAAAAGGUAUUGAGGGCCCUCCAGGUAAUCCUGGCCUGCCUGGACCACCUGGGCCAGUAGGUGAUAUUGGUCGUCCUGGCCCUCCUGGUCCUUCAGGGGAAAAGGGACAGCCUGGUCGAGAUGGUAUCCCUGGACCAGCGGGUCAGAAGGGUGAACCAGGUCUACCAGGUUUUGGGCGUCCAGGACCCCCAGGACUCCCAGGAUUGUCAGGGCAAAAAGGAGAAUUGGGAUUACCUGGUCCACCGGGACCCCCUGGACUUCAAGGCCCGAAGGGAGAACCAGGUUUCCAGGGAUUCCCUGGUCUGCAGGGUCCACCAGGUCCACCAGGAAUACCAGGGCCACCUCUGGAAGGUCCUAAAGGUAGCCCUGGCCCACCAGGUGUUCCAGGAAGGCCAGGGCCUCCAGGUCCACCAGGCCCAGAAGGUCCACGAGGGCCACCAGGCAGUGGAGGACUUAAAGGGGAAAAAGGGAACCCAGGUCCACCUGGUCCACCUGGCCUGACUGGUCCAAAGGGAGAUCAAGGACCACCUGGACGCCAGGGGGAUCCUGGGCGUCCAGGUCUGAAUGGAAUGAAGGGUGACCCCGGGGUUCCAGGCGUUCCAGGAUUCCCAGGUAUGAAGGGUCCCACUGGACCUGCAGGACCCGCUGGCCUCAUGGGCAGCCAGGGACUGCCAGGCCCACCAGGUCCACCAGGUUUACCAGGUACCAUUGGACGAAGUGUUGUUGUCAAAGGUGAUCCUGGUUCCCCAGGUCCUCCAGGACAGCCUGGCUCCAAAGGGCCACCUGGAUUGCCAGGGCCACAGGGAUUGCCAGGUCCAAUUGGUCUUCCUGGUGACCCAGGGAGAGAUGGACUUCCUGGUUUUGAUGGUCCAGCAGGACGAAAAGGAGAGAGAGGUCUUCCAGGCCAACCAGGUUCACGAGGAGUACAAGGACCUCCUGGUCCUGAUGGUUUACAAGGCCCACCUGGUCUUCCUGGAACAGCUUCUGUUGCUCAUGGAUUCCUUAUAACUCGGCACAGCCAGACCAGGGAUACACCACUAUGUCCACAAGGAACAGCAAGAAUAUAUGAUGGAUUCUCUCUUCUGUAUGUGCAAGGAAAUGAGAGAGCACAUGGCCAGGAUUUGGGUACUGCUGGGAGCUGUCUUAGACGUUUCAGCACCAUGCCCUUCAUGUUCUGCAACAUCAACAAUGUUUGUAACUUUGCAUCAAGGAAUGACUACUCCUACUGGCUGUCAACCCCCGAGUCGAUGCCGAUGAGCAUGGAGCCACUGACUGGGCCAAGCAUCCAGCCCUUCAUCAGCCGGUGUGUUGUCUGUGAAGCUCCUGCUAUGGUGAUAGCUGUCCACAGCCAGACCAUUCAGAUCCCUUCAUGUCCUCCAGGCUGGGACUCCCUCUGGAUUGGUUACUCUUUCAUGAUGCACACAAGUGCUGGAGCAGAGGGCUCUGGGCAGGCCUUGGCCUCUCCUGGCUCCUGUUUGGAAGAGUUCCGCUCAGCGCCGUUCAUCGAAUGCCAUGGCCGGGGCACCUGCAAUUACUAUGCCAAUUCCUACAGCUUCUGGCUGGCAACUGUAGAGGUGUCAGAAAUGUUCAGCAAACCUCAGUCUGAGACACUGAAAGCUGGAGACUUGAGGACGCGGAUUAGUCGUUGUCAAGUUUGCAUGAAGAAGACGUAACAUCUUGGAGAAUGUUUUAUAAAACAGUUGAAAAUUCCUAAGAUGCACUGUCUUCCAGCUGCAACAAUGGUGCUACUGUGCAGAAAGAAAAGAAAAAACAAAUCCAAACUGUUUUUACCAUGCAAAUUCAAGUGUACCUCACUCAUGUGCCAAACUAAGGGUUGUUCAGUAUGUAUUUGACAACAGGACUAAGAUGAAAGAAUUGACCUCUUGGAAACAGAAAAGAACACUUGAGGUUCACCAAGGAUCAGAAGAUGAAUUUUUUCAUUUCUCUCCCUGUACCAAAAUGGCACCUUUUUGAUCAACCAAGAGAAUUGAGAAGAACACGACGCACUGAGUAUGUUUAAAAUAACAAGACUGCAGUUUUGAAAAACAUUUUUCAUGGUGCUACUAACCCUACUGUAUUUUUAAUAUGAAAUUUUAAGCUUAUUUCUCUUUGUAAGUAAUGAAAUGUGUAUAUUGUGUAAACACCUUUUUAAUCUAAACUUUCAGUCAUCUAGAAACAAACCAGACUGAUAUAAAAAUUCUUAUGUCUAAAAUUAAAAGAUAAGACAGUAUUUUAUUAUGAAACUUGUGGUACAGAGAGAAUUUACCCCUCUUAUGCCAAUUUAUUCAUUUAAUUUUUCAUUUCCUUCUCAGUUGCCAACCUGAUAUAUUUGGGGAAUGCACAAUUAUUCUGAAGUAAUUUUGAUCAGGGUUUUAAAUGUUUUACACCAUACUAGCAGUGGUUUUAUUUGUGCUUAGAAAACCCAAUCCACUUGAAAAGGGGUUUUUUAUCUUGUGAAAAUAUGUGAAAUUAUUAGCCAUAUUCUAUAUCCUUCUUUUAAGAAUACAAGUCACAUUCACAUUUUAGUAAUCAGUUUGGUUUAACCAAACCUGUCCUUUGGGAAUAUCCAGUUACCAAAGCAUUUAGGGUGAUGCUUACAUGAAACUUCACCACUGAAGUGGUGUCAUAUGUUUUAUCCAGAAUAGUAUACACACUAAGAAACCUUCUGAAUAAAAUAAAGCAUAAGCUGGUGGAAACCUUCCUAUUUACAAAUUUAUCUUUUAAUCUUAUGUGAAUUUAUACACAUCCACAAUGUAUUCACAGUAUACAGCAACUCCUGUGUAUGUAUAGUUCACAUAAGGCCUUGAAAGAUGGUGCAUGCAGUCUUUCUGAUGUCAGUUUGUAAGAAUCCUCCUAUGUAUGUCUAAAGAGUGUCACUACUUGUGCAAUAGCUGAAAAGUGAUCACUUUUGUAUGCAUGACUGUUCAGCUUCUAUGGUCAGAGCGUUUCAUUUACCCUCGUGUAUAAACAGCUCCCUGGCAAUGCAGGACUCUGUCAAGUGACAAUACCUUCAUAUUUUCAUUGUAUAUUGCCACCUCGACUUUCAAUACAACCUAACUUGUGAA